AUGGCUCAAGAAAGCAGAGAUUCGAAAUGGGAAGGCAAAGCCAUUGCAGAAGUAAGAAGCGCAACAGCAGACCAAGUAUGGCCUCUGAUCGAAGACUUCUGCUCUCUUGAAAAAUGGUAUCCAGGCGUCGACGCAUGCCAACAAGUUAAAGGAGUCUACGGGGAACCAGGUCUCAUCAGGUACAUCACAACAACCGUGCCAGCACCACCACCACCUGACGCCGCCGAUCAGACUCCGGCGACUGUCGUCAAGUGGUGUUACGAGACGCUACUGUCUAUCGAUCCUGUUCAACGCCGUCUGAGCUAUCAGAUCACUGAGAACAACCUUGGGGUGGGGUUUUAUGUGGCUGAGUGGACAGUUCUUGAAAACAAAGAUGGUGAUGGUGCUGGUGGCUGCCGGAUUGAGUGGCGGUUCACGGCUGAUCCGGUGGAAGAUCAGACUUUCGAGGGUUUCUGUGGUUAUUUACAGUCGUCUCUGAAAGGCAUAGCGGAGAGAAUGGAAAAGGCGCUGCAAGCUGCUACUAAUAAUUGA